AGCCCCCCUUGGCUCAUGCCAGACGCCUGGCCCCAUAGGCGUUGGUUCAACCGGCGGACGGGACGCGCAUGGCAAAGAUGGCUGCGGGAUCCUGCUCGGAGGCACCGGAGCCGGUGCUGCGAGGCGCGGCUGGGGCGCGCGCUUCGGCUGACCGCCUCGUCUCCAAGCUGCUGGCCGAGAUCGGCCGACUUCGAGCCCAGCUGGGAGGUGGCCAGGCCUCAGGCGCGGUCGCUGUGGAGGUCGCGCGCCGCGAGGCCUUGGCCCGCCCUGCGCUCACGGCCAGAGCUUGCGGUCGUGAGGAACCUCACCCGGACCGGUUGGUGAGGAACGUCGCGCUCCACGCCAAGGUGUGCCCUUUUGCGGGGGCGCCAAUGGCGGCCUGGCGAGGCGCGCAGCACGGCCCUCGGUUGGGGGCCGACGGCGGCGCGGAGCUGUGCGACUUUGGCGCCGAGGAGCCCUCGCCCCCAUCGGAGACGGGCACGCUGCUGCGCGCGGACGCCGUGGCCUUCAUACCUCAGGGAGCUGGCUGGGAGCUUAUUGCUCGGGGCACGCGAUGCUCCUGCGGCGCCGCGGUUUUCUCGAGCACCGCCGAGCCCGUGGAGGUGCACUGGGAGCCAUGCCGCUGGCCGAGGGCGCCCUGCAGGUGUGUGGGAAGGCACCAGAAGUCUGCGUACACGAACGCUGCUGGCGGGCCUUCGGGUGCAGAUCAUCAGUUAGACAGGUCUGGAUCCCCUCGUCCCGUACCUGUCGAUGAGGCUCUCCUGAUCUUGGCUCUGGAGGCCGUCCUUCAACUUGCAACGCCGAGCAGCCUAAGAGCGAAAGAGUUGUCAUCCCUGGGAAGAGCUCCGAUCACCAGGACUUCAUCAGCGCCCGCGAGCUGGAGCUGGUCAAGUGGAGGACCUACCUGUCGGAGCGGGCCUUGCACGUGUGGCCGCGGCCCUUCGCGCGGAGGCGGGCUAGACUGGACGAGGCGGCCUUCAUCAGGGAACGGGAGCAGGAGUUGCGAGGCUGGAGGUCAAGAUGUUCGGAGAGGGCCGCGGGCCCGAAACUAUUUGUGCGUCGGCGCGCUCAGGUGGGCGAGAAGGCACGCCUGAAUGCAGAUUCGACGGCAAUAAAUUCCCAGCUUGAGAGCGGCCGCAAGUAUCUGAAGGGCAUUCCUCUGUAUCCCAUGCGCGUGCACAGGCCGCAAUUUUCAAGUGAUGAUUUAUAGUUAUUACCAUACCUUUAAUUAAUUAUUCUUUUCCCGCAACCCCUUUGGUCAUGGAUUGGAGUAGGGUGAUGAGUGAGCCACUG